AUGGCUGAUCUGAUCGACCCGACAAUGAAGGGCAACUAUCCCGUGAUUCUGGGCGUUGGGCUGCUGGGCAAGCCGUCCAACGAGAUCUUUACUGGCAUUCGCUAUAACCACAAGCCUGCCUUUCCGCAAUCCGACGCACGCCUGAAGCCUUCUAUCCCCGGCAAGACGAGCUCGUACGACUUGAAUUUCUCCAACUCGGAAGGAACAGUUGGAUUUGCCGGAACGCGCUCCACCGACGACGGCGACUAUGUGCUCUACUUUGAUCCCGAGCGCAAGGCCUUUGUCCUCGACAAGGUUGACUCGACCUUUAACAUGAAUCUCACGCGCACUCCUGCAAACAGCAACCCCGACGAUCUGCGCCGGCGACACCCUCACUUGGGAAGUGGCCCGUCGCAAAAGGCGGGAGACCAGAAGAGCGCUUCAAGCAAGGACAAGUUGAACGGCGUCGAGAGAAAGAUUCACGAGAUGAAGAAUAUGGAAAAGAGGCUUGCAGCGAGCAAGUUUGACAAGAAGCCGCUGCCCAAAAAGAUUGAGCUUGCACUGCCUGUGCCAGAACCACCCAAGCCGCAAGAGUCUCGCAAGAAGAGAGACCAUGAGGACGACGAAGAGGAGGAUGACGACGACGACGAUCUUCUCAUCGAAUAUCCGGGCGCAGAAGCUCCCUCCCGGCCGGCUCACCAUUUCUCCCCCGCGUUUCCCAUUGCCCGUCGCUUCGAUGACUUUAUGGAUCAGCGUGAGUCCGAAGUGGAGGAAGACGACGAGGCCAUGGACGAGGAUACCGAGGCGGCAUUCAAGCUGCCCAGCCCGGUGAAGAAUGGCAGCCAAGCUCAAUCGGAACCCAUGGAUGUUGACGAAGAGGAAGAGGAUGAGGCCGAAGAGGGUCAAGAGGCUGGCGAGGCUGGCGAGGCAGAAGGUGCCGCUGAUUUCGAAUACGAUCUGGAACAAGAGCUGGAGAAUGCUUUUGAUCAACUGGAUAACAACGACCAGGACAACGGCAACAACAGCAACAACAGCAACAGCGGCUACUACUAUAACAACAACAACGAUGACGAUGAAAGCGAGAUUAGCGAAGAAGACUAGAGAAAUCUCUGAUAGGCCAACUGUUUAUUUUGGGCUGCGAUUCUAUUGUCACCUUUAUACGGAAGACGAAAAAGGGGAAUUCGAUUGAAUUUAUGAGUGUGUGAUAUUCAUGUUGCACUUCGACUGGGAGUUUGAUGCCUUGAUAUAGGUUUUUUUAAUGCGUCGGAAUAAUAAGCCAACUGCGCUUGAUACCACCAGCGAGAGAUGAUUUCUUUUUUUUUUCUCUUCUUCUUUCUCUCUCUUUGUUAUUCAACACUGUUCUUUUGUAG